ACUGAUCCUAAUAUGGAAUUCAGCAGGAAACCCAUGAUUUCCUGACACACAGCAAGCUGGAGAAAGAAAGGAAAAACUCCAUUAAAAAGCUCCAGACUCUCCUCCAUGUAGAAAUGAAGUGGAAAAUGGAGUGGAUUUAACAGGAAUCCCUGGAUCCUGCGGCCGGGCUGGAGGAAGGGAGGCGCGGAUCGAAGCCGAGGGCUGCUGAUAUUUUUUGAAGUCGCAAUAAAGACUGCGAACGGCCGGGCAGGAUGAGGAUUUCCUGACUGGGACAAACAAAAACAGGACAGAUCACUCUUUUUUUUUUUUUAUGGUAUUCCUCUCCCUGUGUUUAAUUUAUUCACCUCGAUGAUCCUCUUGACUGAUCUGGUAACUGUUAGAAGCGGCUGUGACAGCCUGGAAACAUUAGUAUGAUUUCCUGAGUUUGAGAUUUGCUGCUCCCCCCCACAACCCCCCUCCUUCUCCAAACUCAGGAAAAGUCAAUACAAUCGCACUUCAUUUUUCCUUCAUGUGCACUUGGAAGUCCUGGGAGCAGCAGGAGCAGCAGCAGCAAGGAUGAACUGCAAGGAGGAAAAUGACAACUGCACUGACGGGAGCAGGAGCAGCACCAAGAAGAUGCUGAAAUGUGUGGUGGUUGGGGAUGGUGCAGUUGGGAAAACCUGCCUGCUGAUGAGCUAUGCCAACGAUGCCUUCCCAGAGGAGUAUGUCCCCACUGUGUUUGACCACUAUGCAGUAACCGUGACUGUGGGAGGACAACAACAUUUGCUGGGGCUGUAUGACACUGCAGGGCAGGAGGACUACAACCAGCUGAGGCCCCUGUCCUACCCCAACACUGACGUGUUCCUGAUCUGCUUCUCCGUGGUGAAUCCUGCCUCCUACCACAAUGUGCAGGAGGAGUGGGUGCCCGAGCUCAAAGUCUGCAUGCCCAACGUGCCCUACGUCCUCAUAGGAACACAGAUUGACCUCCGGGAUGAUCCCAAGACUCUGGCGCGGCUGCUUUACAUGAAGGAGAAACCCCUCACCUACGAGCACGGAGUGAAGCUGGCAAAGGAGAUCGGAGCCCAGUGCUACCUGGAGUGCUCAGCCCUCACCCAGAAAGGCCUCAAGACUGUCUUUGACGAGGCCAUCAUGACCAUCUUCCACCCCAAGAAGAAGAAGAGGCGCUGUGCCAAGUGCCAGCGAUGCUGCACCCUGGUGUGACGUGCCCUGGGAGGCAGAGCCAGCUGAGCUCAGCGAGACCAAGCAGGUUAGCAAGGCACCCAAGGUCACAUGCAACUGAAAAGGGUCCUUCCUACCCAAAUAUAGGAGCUCUGCAUCCUGUGGGACCUCCAAGCUGAAUCACCCCUGGCCAGCUCCUGUCUCUGUGCUUCCCUAACCCUCCAGAGCUGUUUUGCAGCCUGUUCCCACUGCUGCACCAACAGAAACCAGGAUGCCUGCUUGGCUCCCCACCUUAGGAAUAAGGUGAAGGUGGCUUGUGACAAAACAAAGAGCUAAAGAUGGCAAAAGAAACAGGAGAAACUCCUUUUGUGGCCUUAUGCAUCAGAUUUAGGAAUUUGCAGUCCUUAGGAAUUGAAUCUGAAUUGACAGAAAGCACAUGGAGAUCUGUAGAAAUAUAAUAUGUAAGAUAUACACUAUAGGUAGGAUGUACUUUAAAAUUGCUUUACUUUUAUAAGACUUGCCAGUUCAGGAGAUAUUUCAGUUUGUUCAAACCACAUGGAAGCAAAGGUGGAGUCAUUCCAGUUUGUUUUCACCUAAUGGUGAAACUUCACAGCAUCAGGAUGUUACUGCACCCAAGCUAUCAAAAUGGAUCAACAUUUACCUCCAGACUUAAGGAAUGUUCUUACAACUAAAAAAAAUGCAAAUAACUGUAUUUUUACAGAGGAAUGUUCAGGCUGAGCCAUGUUUCUGUAAGCUGGGAAAGGAAGUACAGAGUUGUAGCAUUAAUAUACUGAAACAAAGAAAUUCUACCACCAAAGAAUAUUGCCCUGGACAUGAAAUAGCAGCGUGAAACAAUCCCUCUUCCAACUGAGAACAAGAACAAGACACAUUGCCAUGGCAACUGAGAAUUUACCUUAUAUAUCAGCUGGAUUUCUACAUCUCACCCAACAGCCAAGAAUAGAAAAAAAAAAUAAAUAUAGCCAAAGGUCAUACUGACUUUAAGUGCUUUGAGGUGAUCCAAUUGCCUUAAAAUUAUCCUUUUUUUAUGAAGUAUUUCUGUAAAAACCUCGUCAAAGUGGAGUUGUGAACUUGUUGGCUUCCUGUAGCCUCCCUCCUCCCAUUCAUUUCUUCUCUCCCUGCUCCCAUUUUCCCACCUUCACAGAGAUUGCUGUUUCAGCUGCAGCCUGGCUGCUGCCCUCAGGAGUGGCAGAUGAUGGGCUGCAGCCAAGAGCAUGGAGGUGGGAAAUCCAGCCCACAGGGGAAUGGAAGCUCCUGUGCUCUCCCCUUGCUGCUGGGGAUUUUGUGCCUUCUCGCUGAAGCCUCUCUGGGGAUCCUGCAGCUUUGCACGUCACAGCAGCACAGACUCUCCCAGGUGAGCUCCAAGGGCCUCUUGUCACCUGCAGCUGCCUCUGGGUACCCUGGCAGUGCCACAAGGCUGUCUUGUCAUGGAUUUCAUCCCCCAAGCAGGAAACCACAGCACCAGCACACACAGAUUUGAGGAUGUAACUCAGAAUGUCCAGGAGUGCAGGGGGGAGCAGGUGACAGCAGAGCAUCCUCCCAGCCCAGGGGCACAGACCCUGCUCCCCUCUGCCCCCAUCCCAUGAGACUGGCAGCCCUCUGCUCUUGGGAAGCAGUGUCCUGACUGAGAGCACACCUGCCACCAGACAAACAGGGGGCUCCAGACUGGUGCUGCCCAGUGAUGGGACUGCAACAGGACCAAGGGACCAAGCUUGAGCAUCAGGACCAGGCUGAUGGAGCUGAGCUCCUCCUUCAGCACUAAUUCAACUUCAUACAGUUGUAGGAUGGUUUGGGUUGGAAGGGACCUCAAAAUCAUCUAAUUCCAAGCCCCAGUUUACCAUGGACAGCUACAGAAACCAGAUCUGACACCCCAAAGCAUUUCCAGGUAGAAAUCAGCAAUUCUCUCUGGCAAAAGCCAUCAGACUCAAGGGAAAUGCUUUGCUCUUUUUUUACCCAGUGCCCUCCACUCACCAUCCCUUCCCCUUUGCACACAAAGAUGGAUGAGAACACAGUUGGGCCAUGCCUGAGACAGACAAGUUCUCCUUAUUGCUGGGGAUUUUUUGUCCAUGUUUUCUGUUUGUUUUUAUUAUAUCCCAGACAUUUACUUCAGGUGGUCUGGCUGCUAAUGCCCAGCUCAGUGGGGUGCAGGGCUCCAUGCUGUGCAACAGGGUUUGUGUCCAUCCCCAGGCAGAGCAGGGAGUGCUCAGCUCAACAGGACACUGCCUAACAGCUCAACUAUAAUGUAUAAAAAUAGAUUAGAGGAGUAUGAGGAGAACUAGGCAUGGAUUAAAUAAAUUAAUAUUUAAGCUUACAACAUGACUGGAAGUCCACUGAAACAACAACAACAUUUUUAAAAAGCCUUUUACAGAUUUCAGGGAAGUUAUAUCUGCACUGUGCUGCCUUUUACUUCAGUGGAAAUUAAUUAGGAUGAUUGUUUUAGCUCAUGUAGGUUGCUGGAGAGUGAUGUAUGAGUCUCUGGUGGAAGAAGGAAAAGUCUGGUUUAGCUGAAGCACAAUGAAAGUGCUCAUGUUGGAGCUGCCUGGUUUUUUCAGGGCUUAAAAAGAUGUGGAAAUGGAGGAAAUAGAAAAUCCAGAGCGACAGGUGAGCUCAUCCUAACAUAACAAGCACACUGGAAAAGUGAAAUGGAGCACCCUGGCAUGCAUCAGGGAAAGCCAGAAAUAAUCAAAUUGGUUUUUUGCAUGCCACUGAGUACCAGGGGAUUGUUAAUCUUAAUGGAAUGGCAAAGGAUUGGCAGUAAAAUCAAAAACCAAGUGGGAAGUUGUAGCAUUAAUGUAACUGCAGUGGUUUGAGGGAAAUUAACUACAAAACAUGGUGAUGGAGAAGCUAAAAUGCUGUUGUCCUCAUGUGUUAAACUGCAGCACCCUGAACAAAUCCUUGCAUAAAGGGAGCAGAUAAAAAAUGUUAAUAUACAUACAAAAAAUGUUAAGGUUAAACAGCACUUUGCACUUACAAAAUGGAGCACAUCAAACUUGUGAGGCAGUAAAAUUACAAGUUUUUCAAACUCAUUUUGACCAAAAUUUGAAUUCUGGGAGCUGCAGGAGAGGUAGUGGUCACAACCCACUGAGAAAUGGCCUCUGCACUCUAUUUAUUUUAAUUUUUCUUCCAGCAGAAAUAAAUGUUUUUUGAAAAGCCAUGUUUAAUGCAGGUCCCAUAAACAUUAUUCCUGUGUUAGGUUAUGUACACCUGUCCAUGGAAUGUGGCAGUUUCUCAAGGAUCUGCCCUGUUACACUAUUUUUUUGGGGAGGCAGGGACAGCACAGGCCAAGAGGCUUUAGAAGGGGGUUGUAGGCAGAUGUAAGGACUAUCUGGCAAGUCAUACCUAAUGCCUUUUCUAAAAGCAACAGAUGGUGUGUGAACAGGCAGUAAAGCUUAUUUUCAGAAAAACCACAACACCAGACAUAGAGCAAGUGCAGGCAUAAGGCCACAGAUAUAAACUUCAAGUUAUUUUCAAGCACCAUUAGUAAUAAGGAAAGAAAAUCAAUAGAGGACUGCCAGGUGAAGGGAGAUGGGUUUACUCACUGUGAGAUGAGCUGGAAAUCAGAUCCCAAUUUCACCUUAAAAGGAGCACUGUUAAGGAGAGUCAUAAAGGUUAGAAAUCAUCCCUGGAACUUAUUUGACAGUGUCCCCUUAAUGCAGCUGGUGUCAAAGCCUUUCCUGACAGACCUGCCUGUGCUAAUGGUUGCUGUCACUCCUGAAGCACUCACAGCUUACAGGAAACUUGCAGGGUCCUGUAAAACCCAUCUCCUUUGCCCUCUCCUGAAACCUUCCUGUUCCACCAAGGCUUCUUAACCUGAAGCUGCAGUUUCAAACAGAGUUCCCAAAGUAUUUUCAAGCAAACCCCUGCAAGGAGGUAUUAGAGGUAUUUGAGAGAGAUCUCAAUCCAUCAGAGAGUUGCUAUCACAUUAAAACCACCUGCAGAUGGCUCUGCCCUUCAGAGCCCUGUGAGAACACCAGGACAGUGGAACUGGACAGCCCUGACACUUCCAGCACGACUUGGAGGAGGUCCCACAAAAACUCACAGCUUGUCCUGUGCCUCCCAGAGCUCUGGAAAGGUGGGGAGAAGGCAGAAACAGGGCUGUAACCCCACUCAGGUGCAUUCUCAUUUGUUCAACUGGAUAUAUGCCCUGUGUAGGUACAGAAUUCACCCCAAGUCCAGUAUGAUAAUCACAACUAUCAUUUCAGCAGCUGACAUUGAUAUUUCUCAUCUUUUUUUUCACUUUUGAAGUAUUCAAAAGAGACAAAGAAUUGAAUAUAGCACUGCAUCUUAAUAUGAAAUAAAAGUUAUUCCAAAUUUUUUUAUUAAAGGGAUAGAUUUUGGAAGUCCUCCUCUUACUGAAGAGAAUCUCACUUCACAAGGAACUGUCUCCAAGUUGUUCAUGUCUCAUUCAAUGCCACUGCCACUGCUCAGGUCAUGAGAGAGGCUGAUAGGUGAUCCUUCCUGGUAGAUUUUUACCAGGAAACCUCUUCCAGCUGCUCUGGUGUUGGUGGGUUGUGUUCUUUUGAACACCUUCAGGAAUGAUAACUCAAUCACUUCCCUGGGCAGCCUCUCUCUCCCUUUAAUUCAUAUAUCAAAGAUGCCCAUCUGCUUUUAUACCUUGCUUAGAGCCUGUGACAUUUUCCUGUAUCUAUUUUGCCCAAGUGACACAGAAAAUACCUCUUGACUCACCAAACCUCAUCUGGAUUUAAAAUAAUCUGCAGUGGCACCAAUUUGUCUCAGGCCAGGAUUGUCUGAAAGCACAUUUGUCUUCUCCAACAGAGCAAUCCAUAUGCUCACCUUGGCCCAGGGACCAUUUGUUAAACAAAGGGGUAGGAUGGAGGAAUCUGGCUGCACAUGCCUUCCUCCAUGUAUUUUCUUUUUCCCUGAGGAGGACCUUUAAUGUUGUUUCAUCCUACAUUAAAACAGGAAAAUCUGGAAAUAACAGAACAUUUUGUUGGUUCACAACUCUGUAGGGCUGGAGGAGCAUCUGCUGUGACAGGAGGUGAGCAUGGAGUGACCCACGUCACACAACUCCUGGACACGUUUGAGCUUUUGCAGAAAUGAAGACAAAUUUCCACUAUGAAUGUUUACUUUCCUCUUUGUGAAUAAAGACCAUCUGAGAGCAGGAAAAAGCCUCCCACUGAUUUCAGUAGUGCCUUGUGAUCUCAGCUGUCUUCACCUAUCAAAACAAAACAGGAAUAGAAAUAUUUUUGCACCAAAAGUCAGGACAAAAUCACCAAUUAGAAGUUGUGACUGCAAUAGAAUCACUUCUGCUUCAGGGGAGAGCUGCAAAAUCAGGGUCCAGAGCCACAAUUAGUCAGUUUGAUCCUAAACCUUAAUUUUUUCCUUUUAAAAAUAAAUCUUUUCAUUUGAAGAUGUUAAGGGGACGCCCAUAACUAGAGCAACAACAACCAAAAAAUCUUCAAAUUAUCUUUUGUUUUGUUUUAGUUAAAGCUUUCAGAAACACAGAAAUUAAAAUCUGUUCUCUUGGGCAGUUCCAGGAACCACACCAUAACAGCAAAAAGAGUCAGAAGCUCAUUGUAAGAGGGAAAUUAGUUCAGAAACCCAGAAAAAAAUCUCUUUAACAUUGAAAAUAUGGAUCCCCAUCCCUUUCCAGAUUGUACAGACCAUAAUGCAGAGUUUGGCAUUUUCUAACUGUAAUGACAGGGUGGAGUUUUCAAAGAUGCUCUGUUGGCUUCAUUUCAAUUCUCAUGAAGGCAAUGGAAAAUUUCAGUGGGGUCCACACAUGGCUAAUGUGGAAAAUGUUUGAGAGUCUUUAUAUUUCUUCCUUUUCUGACUUUUUAUUUGGCUGACCAAGCUUUGAGCACACAGAUACACUGAGCCAGGUCCAAGGAUCUUUUUUACCUUCUGGCUGCUGGUAAAGGACUCCUGAAAGGAGUUGGGGCACCCAAGGACUUUGCUGAUCUCACCUUUGGAGGCUGGAUCUGAAAUGCCUCAGUCCAACCACUACUGAGCUGAAGAUGGAAGUUACAUUAUAUUCACAGUGUAAUAUUCCAGACAUAUGGUUAUCUUUGCCUAAAGACUCAUUGCUGUCACUUAAUUUCAUCUCAUCCCAUUCAGAACACCAGGUUUGAUGAGGUUUUGUGAAGAUCAGUUUGAGCUCUCAGUGAUACCAACUCUGGUGAAUUUUGACUUUGAUUGGAGGCUAAUGAAUUCAGAGCAAACAGUUGUCACCAGUCUACAGCUUCCAGAUCUUCCAACACAACAUUUGUUUGUAUUGAUAACGUGGAGAAAAAUUUGUCUGAUGUCUGUCAAAGUAGUUUGUGGGUAAAUCACAUCCAGAGUGUGGCUACCAUGUCUCUCUCAGUGCUUUUCCCCUAAAUAAGCAGCUGCUCUAAGUGAAUCACAGAGCUGGCAGGUCAGCCUGGAGCAAAUGAGCCCAAACUCUCCCCAAGCCUGGAAAUAUUCAUUCAUAAUAACAAUAACAAAAAGUGAGAGGGGAAAGACACUGGCAAAGCUUUCACUCAUGAGCAGGAGUGACCCAAGCCCAGGGUGCCAGGUGGGAAAUGCUACAGAGGAUGACAUGGGGUGGUGGCCCUGAUGCCCCCAAAAUAUGGGUUGAGGCUGGUGGAUGGGCUGGGGGGGCCUCUGUGGUGUCACACCUGGUACCUGGGGCUCAGCAGCACCCUGGGACUGGGAGGGCUUUGGGAGGGCUGCAGGAGGAGCAGGGAGGUGGAGUGCAAGGAGAGCUGAAUCCAGUUUAACUGCCAUGAUGCUGAUGCACUUAUACAAAUACAAGAAUUUCGCUGCACAGAGAUUCUCUGCUCCCCCAAGAACACAAAGGACAUUUCAUUCAUUUCUUUUUGUGCUUACUCAAUAGUAAUAUUUAAAAUUCUUCCUGAAGAAUUGCUUAAAAUUAACAGUUCAACAAGUUAUUCUGAUUGAGUUUGUGAAGCAGAUGUAAUGACCUCAACACAAACCAGGACCUAACUCAUCACCAGCCAGGUCUUAGCCAGUUAGGACAAAGAGUCACUUACUUGAUGUCAGCAACUGAAUUUUUCUCUCUUAAAUUUUUCUCUCUUAUUGCUAUGUGCAAUACUGCUGGAAUAUGGGGCUGGUGAAACCAAAGGAUGGGCACUAAAACAGUUUGUCUGACUUUUGAGUGGUAUGCCUUUUUUCCAAAGAUUAACCAAAUAUUCAGAAUUCAAAGCAAAACAAUUUCAAACCAAGGAAAUUCAGUUUUCAAGCAAAUGUGUCCUGCAUAGUUUAAAAAUCAUGUAAACACUAUUAAUUUCCUAUUUACAGCACAUAAUUCUGUACUCUUUUUUAUCAUCUUUUAAACAUGUAAUUACUGUAUAUUGUAAUGCACAUUAAUAUCGUUUAUUGUACAUAGUUUAUUUUAACAAAAUAAAUGUAUUGCAAAGUAUUUUGACAGCA